AACUAGCGGUCUCCGAGCUAAGCCAUCAUCAUCAUCCACAUCCACAGUCAAGCUCACAGCAACUAUACCCCCAAGUGUUAGCGGUGUACAACGGUGAAAAGAGUUGUUGUUUAGGCUUAAGUCGCUCGCUGAGUCAGAGCCGGAGUUGGCAACUUUUAACGCAGCCAAAGUGCCCGUGCUUUCAACGCAUUUGCCACCCGUGUACAGCUUGUCGACGGAUUACUGCUGCUUUAAUCUCAUCCGCAGCAACCACAGGAGGUGAGGUGAGAGGGUCAAGCAUGAGCUCAUCUAUCGGCAAUAACCUCUCCGAGCUGGACCGGCUGCUUCAGGAGCUCAAUGCGGCCCAGUUUAACUCUCCCCCAUCGCCGCAGAGAGACUGCCUCAUCUCCGCAGACGGAAGCAAAGCCCUCGCCGUCGACUCCAGCCAUGGCUCGGCUCAAGCUCACAGCAUGGACCCCAGAGUGAUGGAAUCGCAAGGCAGAGCGGCCACAGAGGGCCUUCGGGAACACGGCAGUGUUGGCGCCUCGGUGCCACCUCAGCAAGGUCCUCCCUCAUCUGCUCAGAUGUGCAAUGCUGUUCCAGUUCACCAACCUUCCCGAAUGUCUGCUUCCUCCGCCACCAGAGAGCUGGAUGAGCUCAUGGCCUGCCUCUCAGACUUCAAAAUACAGACCAAUUUUUCAGCAACCUCUGAUGAAUGUAUACCAGACGAUCUCUCUCUUCUCAAGACAGACCUCGCGUCCACUGACAAGAUUCUCUCAAACAUGAUAAGCACAUCUCAGCCGAAGAGAAGUAAACUGCAAAUGAAGGGCGUGAGGGGAAAUUCGGGGUCAGACCUGACCCUCUCUGCUAUGACUAAUGGUCUUCACUUAAAGGUCGACGUGCCAGACAUGCCAUCCACCUCUCCCAAUCUCUCCUCUCGAUCUUCAAGCCCCCUUGAAGUUCUCUGCAUUAACGAAGAGGCCCUAUCACUUGACCUUUCAACCUCUGACAUAAAUAGCUCAUCACCUGUGAAUGCAUUUCCUCUUACCCUCAAUAAAACUAAAGACAUAUAUAAUGGACAUAAUGAGAGCUCAGUGUACACUAUGCAAGGGAAGGAGAUUCAGUGGGUCGCUCAAAAGAAAGCCCUCUCAAAACAAUUGGAUCGUAAAGAGCCACAGAAGGCGAAGGAAACCAAUCGUGGUGAUGUCAUUUGUGAUGUGCAGUCAAAAAAGAGCUCGCAAAAUGAGCUCGUGUUGUCAUUGACAGCUUGGGAACAUCCCCUAAAUUCAAAAAGCAUGGACCCAGCAAAGCCAAAUGUUCCAUACACUAUCAAAACAGAUCAAUCGUCAAGACAAUAUUUUGCUGAGAAGACAGCUGAACAAGGCAUCGAAAUGCUUUCCAAUAAAAUACUAGAGUCAUCAGGUAUUGUUGGCCCAGGGAAUAAGAUUCAUAGUUUUACCGAUUCCAUAACCGCUGGAAAUAAAUGGCAGCAAAGCUUACAAGAAAGCGAAACUGCAGCAAUAUUACACAUUUCAGAUACCACAGUGACAAAGUGUUUGUCUUUUGAACAAUUGGAAGACAAAAGUUCUGCACUUGCAAAGCUCCUGAAUCCUGGUGGUUCUACAUCCAACAUCCCUCCACUAUCAGAGUCUCAAUCCAGCAUGGUUACACAGAACCCGGGGCCUACAUUGACUGGUUUCAACCAAAUAUCGGCAGUACCAUCAGAAGGUGGUGCUAAUUCCCCGGCUAAGGCUGAGUCACAAAUAGUUUUCUCAGAAUUUCCAAAAAUGUACGUAAAUAAAAAUAGUGCUUCAACUGGAGAUGUGGCCCUCUUUAAAGCAACAAAUACUAGCUCUUUGUCAAUGAUUCCAGAGCCAGCUACGGCGCUGGCUGAACUCUCGCAGGUGAAAAUUAACGAGCCACCAGAGAAAACAGCGGAGAUCCCUGCAAUGUCGUCUCUGCACAGUUUCACGUCGAAUGCCGUAAGCGGAUCCACAAGGAACGACCGCGCUCUCUGUGACGAAACCAAGAGAAAGGGCCAAAGUAUCAAGUCUACCGUCAGUUUCGCUGGAAGCACAUUCUCCAUACAAAAUGGAUGUCCCACAUGCUCAGGUCUUGAAAACGCUCUGCACCGAGUCAAAAAAUGUUUUUCCAUCUCCAGUGGACGCCAUUAACAUUGGAGGAGAGGUUUGUUCGAUUAUAGAUGGCAAAGCUGAUAUUCCAGGCACUGCGGGGAACACAAGAAAGGAUGAAAAGGAGAAUAUUCUUUAUGAUUCUGGGCAUGAGGCAGCAGGAGAUGCUAUGGUGAUCAAAUCCGAGUCCUUUGAUUUUCCUCCAACUCUGCCACCCGAGGGCAUCAAGAAGGUUUCUGCAUCUCGGCAGGCACGCUGCUGGCUCCCUUUCAUUGGCACUCAUGGGCUCGUAAUGGCUGUGCAUUCGUCUGACUUUCACCGCAUGCCUGUUGUGAGCCUGCAGGCUGUGAGCACUUUACUAAAAUGUUUACUCAUGUCUCCUGUGUGAACUCCAACAUUCUCCUUAUAUUUAAAUGAUCAAUGUUUUGAACAAUCUCACUUUUAACCUUUUAUAUACAUAAUUAUUCAACUUUUUUUAGGUACGAUUCAUUAAUCCUCAUUAUUUUGCAAUUCAUAUUGCAUUUUGAUUAAGGGUGAUUGGCAGUUCAGCUGCUUUGAAACCCAUUAUUUUCGAAACACAGUAAUACAAAUGGCAUGGCUUUCUACUAACACAGAUUUGGGCCUGAUUACAAAGCAUAAUUUCUAUGCAUUUACAUUUCACUUUUCCACCACAAGCACCUUAUAUUUACAAAUGAGUUGAUGUUUUGUUGUCACUUUACUUUCACUACCUGCAACUUUCUCGCUGUUUUUUCUUCUUCCUAUUCUCGAUACUCGUACAGAUUAAGUUUGUUAUUAAGAGAACCAAAGAGACCACCAAUAUUCAUCCAAUGUACAAUGGUAAGCUACCCAGAAGGCGCAUGGGACCUGUGAUCUACAAUAAGUCGAUGAAACAGGACAAAGUCAUACAGGAGCUGCAGAGCAGGCUGGGCAUCUUCAAGAAGGAAGGGGAAGAAGCCAAGAAACCGGUGGACGAGUGGCUCACCGAGGGGGUUAUCGUUAUGUCUGAACCUAUAUUGGAACAAAAG